AUGCCAAUCACCAAGAAUCUCGCGCUGCCAAGCUCGACGAAGGAGCUGGCACUAACCUCGGCCUCGAAAUUAUUCAUCGCCUUCAUCUCUUCACCAGAUCCAAUUACGAAGCAACCUUGGUGCCCAGAUGUACGGGAUGCUUUGCCACAUAUCAAUAAGGCAUUCUCAGGAGAUGAUGCACCUGAAUUAGCUAUCGUCGAGAAUGUUUACCGAACAACGUGGGGCACUAAAAACAUCCCCGCGCUGGUACGCUAUGAAAAAGUCAAUGGGCAAGUCACUGAGACAGGGAGAUUGGUGGAAGGAGAAAUUCUCAACAAGCAAAAGCUCCUGGACUUCAUCGUCUAA